UAACCAUCAAACCAAAUGGCGACACGUACAGCCAAAAGUCAAAGCAACUAGCAUCACAGGCAUCGAUAUCCUACGACGUUCCUGUCAUCCCAACACCUUCUCCUUAUCCUUCCAGAAUGGAAAACCGUAACAAGCUGGUCUUUUGAACACAUACAGCAGAAGAAAGAAGUUAUAACCAUAUUAUAGUAAGCUUAAAAGAACACUAGCAGAACCCGAAAAAGAAGACAUAACGCUCUCUGUUUCUAUUUCAUUAAUGAAAUCCUAAUAUCUCCUUCCGUUUCAUUUCUAUUUACACCAUGCCAUCUCGCCAUCUUAGAUCCCUCCCUGCCUCGCCGCCCUUAAAUAACAACCACAACUACCACCACCGCCACUUUCAUCAUUUGCGUCUCCUUCCUCCAGUUCUUGCUGGAGCCCUCAGUCUCACUCUGUUUUCUUUCAUUAUCCUCUUUUUCUUUUUCUAUCGAAAACUGUCCCGUAACCGUACAGCUCCAUCAGACCUUAAAUCUCCUAAUCAUCACCACCAGCAACAACAAUGUCGCCGCUUCUCUUACUCCCUACUUCGGAGCGCAACGGCUUCGUUUUCUCCGUCCAACCGGCUUGGCCAUGGUGGAUUUGGCUCCGUUUAUAAAGCCAUUCUUCCUCCAACAAACCAGCCGUUAGCUGUCAAGCUUAUGGACCCCAAUGGUUCACUCCAAGGGGAGCGCGAGUUCCAGAACGAGCUCUCUCUUGCUUCCUCUCUCAACUCUCCUUACAUUGUCACUCUCCUCGGAUUCUCCUCUGACCGUCGAAGACGGAAGCUCAUUUUGGUGUACGAGCUCAUGGAGAACCGGAGCCUUCAGGAAGCUUUGCUAGAUCGGAAAUGUGAAGAACUUAUGAAUUGGGGAAAAAGAUUUGAUUUAGUAACUGAUGUUGCUAAAGGACUCGAAUAUCUACAUUAUUACUGUAAUCCACCAGUGAUUCACGGAGAUAUUAAACCCAGUAAUAUUUUGCUCGACGCAGAUUUUAAUGCAAAGAUUGGUGAUUUCGGACUUGCGAGAUUGAAGACAGAGGAGAAUGUUGUGGAAAAGAAGGAAGCUUUUGUAGUUGGGGAAGAUAACGGAUCGAUUUUAGAGGAGACGGAGAGUGUGGUGACUGGAUAUGAAGAUAGUACUACUGCUGUAGGCAUUGAUAGAUCCCCAGAGAGUUUUGCCGUUAGGGUUGUAGAUUCAGAUGCAUCACCGGAGAUGGCUGCUGCAGUGUCCCCGGAGAUGGGAGUGGAUAAGGGGAGUGUUUCAGAGACUGCAUUUGAUAAAGUUAGUAUUGACAGUGGAAAGGAUUUAGUUAACGGAGGGAAGAAAGGAGGGUCAAGAAGGGACUGGUGGUGGAAACAGGACAAUGGAGGCGGGUCAGAAUCCGGGAGAGUGAAAGAUUAUGUAAUGGAGUGGAUUGGGAGUGAGAUUAAGAAGGAGAGACCUAAAAGUGAAUGGAUUGCCUCUCCUAGCUCAGUUGAUAACAAUCUAUUGAGACCCCAAAGCCUGACAAUUGAGCCGAAGAAGAAGCACAAGAAAAGAUUGGAAUGGUGGGCGUCUCUGGAUGAGGAAAGAAUGCAAAAGAAGGAGAAAAACAGAAAGCCCAAAGAAUGGUGGAAGGAAGAGUUCUGCGAUGAGCUUACAAAGAAGAAGAAGAAGAAGAAAAAGAGAGGACUUAAUUCGAGUAAUGGCGGAGACUCAUGGUGGCAGAAGGAUGAUGAUGUAGUACAAGAGAGAAAGAAGAGGAGCAGAGGGAGCAUUGAUUGGUGGUUAGAUGGAUACAGUGGCGAAUUGAGAAAUGGAAGAAGAAAUAGUCAAGAUUGGGCAAGUGGAGAGAUCCCUAAGAGCGGCGGUGUCAGUAGCACGCCUAGUAUGAGAGGAACUGUUUGUUACAUUGCUCCUGAGUACGGCGGCGGUGGCCAGUUAUCAGAGAAGUGUGAUGUGUACAGCUUUGGUGUUCUGCUUCUUGUCAUGGUUUCAGGUCGGAGACCUCUGCAAGUAACCGCCUCACCCAUGUCGGAAUUUGAGAGGGCUAAUUUGAUUUCUUGGGCUAGACAACUUGCUUACAAUGGGAAGCUUUUGGAUCUUGUUGAUCCUUUAAUACAUUCAUUGGAUAAAGAUCAGGCACUGCUUUGCAUUACAAUUGCACUGCUCUGUUUGCAGAGAUCUCCAACCAAGCGGCCUACGAUGAAUGAAAUUGUAGGGAUGCUUUCCGGUGAGGCAGAACCACCUCACUUGCCAUUUGAAUUUUCACCCUCGCCGCCGUCCAAUUUUCCAUUCAAGUCCCGGAAGAAGGCCCGGUGAGCGGAGAAGAUGCAGAAUAUAACUAACAUAGUUUCCCCAUUACAAUUGCAUUGCAGUAGAAAGGUAGAGGAUUCAUUAUCUGAUGGGAAUUGAAUCUCUCUUUAUUGCCAUCUGCGGAGUAUCUUGCUGCAAUAUAAACUACCUAUUAUGAUCCCAUUGAAUACGAUGUUCUGAAUCUGAUGCUCCUUUCCUUUCUGUUAAAAAACAAAAUGGAGCAUAACUGAGUCUGUGGUGGCCUGGUAGUAAAAGAAAUAUUGCAACAGCUGUCUUCAUAACUCAUCAAACUACUGUACAUAAUUAGAUUUAGCUAUUAAUUGGAUCACUCUUUCUGAUGUGCUAAAACUGUGACACUCGUAAGCAGCAGCAGCGGAUGGUGUAUUCAUCGUGACAUUAUGGCGGAUGUAAUGGCGUAUAUGUUCUGGUGUUCUGCUGUAAUUCACUAAAUUAGGCACUAUAAUGAUUUGUUCUUCCCUAUCGUUGUACCAAAAAAAAAAAAAAAA